AAAGAUAUGCCGUUGAGCUGACCUCAUCAAAUAAGUACUAACAUAUAAAGCUAUAAAGCUUCAUAAAGCUUCAUAUAAACAUAUAAAAUCUCAUCGGAAUGAUAAAUCAUAUAUUGAAUCAUUGAUGGCUAACUAUAUUUUCAUAACAGUAGUCCACACUCUAUUUUCUUCGUCGCAGAUUAUCUUACCAUUUUUGUUUACUCUGAGUUGAGUGACAACUUUUGUUCUUUCCAUCGGAAGUUGUAAAAUGGCAGGAAAGCAUGCGCCGAAAUCUAAGAAAAAGCCGAAAGCUGGCAAGAAAAAACAAGAGUCUGGUGAUAGCUCUGCAAACACCACUCAGAAAUAUACAGUAGAUCAGCUUCUGGAUAAGGUAGCUGAAUACCUUGAUGAGUUCAAAUAUGAAUUGGCACAAAAGUUUUGCCAACGAGCUGUUGAACUGGAACCUGACAACCUUAGAGCAUUGGAACUUUCUGGGCAACUUCUGCUUGAGGUUGGCAACAAUGAAAGUGCCAAACAUUGUUUCGGUAGGGCAGUUGAGUUGAGCCCUGAUAAUGGACACAGCAAAUAUAUGUACUUAGGGCAGCUAUGUGAAGGAGUAGAUGCUGUGACAUUCUUCCAGAAAGGUAUAGCAUUGAUGGAAGAGAGUUUACUAGAGCAACAGAAUAAGGAGGUGAAUGCAGCCUGUGCCUUACCCAGUGAUGGAGUGUCUGUAAAAGACAUCUCUAGUGCUUACUGCUCAGUGGCAGAGCUUUACAUGACAGAUCUAUGUGAUGAAGCUGAUGCCGAAGUUCAAUGUAGGACAGCCCUUGAGAGAGCUAUAGAAAGAGACGCUACCUAUGCUGAGGCUUUCCACCUCAUGGCCAGUUUCCAGCUUAUAAAACAAAAUAAAAAUGAAGCUAAAAAGAUGAUUGACCAAGGAGUGAAGCUAUGGUUACCCAAGCUACAGAGCAUUGAUAAAUCAGAAACUUUAGCGAGUGAAGAUGAAAAAGAGAUUGACCCCUUACAGGUAGUAGAUAUAAGCUAUGGUAGUCGGGUGGAGGCAGCUAAGAUCCUGAUUGAAGUAGAGGACUACAAGACAGCCAAUGAGGUGCUAGAGUACCUACUAGAUGAAGAUGAUACCAGUGUACAGGUGUGGUACCUGCUGGGUCUCCAGAACUACCUGGAAGGGGCAGACUACAAGGCUAAUGCCAGGUACUAUCUCACUAAAGCAACAACUCUUUAUACAAAAAAGAAGAAAGAGGGCACUGAUACUGAAGAAGAUCUUGAAAUACUUGGACAUGUGGAAAAACUUCUCACAGAGUUGGGGCCAGGUGAAACUGAAGGUGAAGAUGAGGAAGAAGAUGCAGGUAACAGAGGAACAGUUGAAGAUGAUAUAGACUUUGAAACAGACUCAGAUGAAGAACCUAUGGAUCACUAAUUUAUCCCUUUCUGUACAAACCAUAUGCAGGGUGAUAAGUCAUUAGGUGUUUGAAUGUGGACAUAUUUUGCUUUUUAAAGAAUGGUUUAGAGUUGUUUCAUUGUCUGAAAAUGGACAUUACAAAGUAAUGUGUAAUAUAUUUUAAAACAAAUUAAAUAGAAGUGUUUUAUCUUGUGAUGAACAUUCAUGCCUUGAUCACAAAGGACAUAUCCCAAAUGCUCACCAGAGCAAAGAAUUGCCAUAUUAAGUCUCACACUAACUAACUGGGUAAUGUUGUCGCAACUUUUUAUUGUACCUAAAAAAAAUUGACGGGGGUGCAGGCAGGACAGGUGGGAGGGCCGGCAGCGUCUCACUUUCUUGUCAUCAUGAUUCCAGAAAAACCACUUGACGGAUUUACUUCAAAUUUUCACACAUGUUAUAUGGUAAGAACACUGGUGAUCCACUCGAUUACUCUAGUUACCAAAACGAAUCG